UUUUUUGAGGGGCUCACCAUUCUCGCGGGUCUAACUCAAAUCUAAUCCUAAUUCCAUUUCAAACCGAACUUCAUCACCAAUUUCUACACUUUCAUCCAUCACCAUCCUCUAUUACCCAGAUUUGACUCCUUUAAACCCCAGUUUCUUCAAACACAUAGCAAGUACGAACCUUAGUCGUACAUUCUUUUCGUACUAGCACAAACUCUUCUAUUUGUAAUUGUAGUAAGCAAUCAAGUCCUAGAUUACACAUUUGAAAGGACAGAUAUACGAUUAUGUGAUUUCUUGUCUUCCCAGUCAUACACAGCCAGCGAAGUGAUUCACGACACUAAGGACUCAUUAAGGCAAUAAUGUUGGCACUCAAAGAAAUUGUUCUAUUAAUAGCAACUUCUGAGAUUGCCUGCCUGGUUUCUAACAUCUAACCACCAACCUAUUUGUCAUCUUGAUAGCACCUGUAUUCAUCGCACCGCCAUCCAUUUACUCUCUAUAAAGACAAAACCACCGGUAUGUGCUUUGGAAGCAGCGACAACAAUAACGACCCAGCUCCUAAGCCGGCUCAAGUCCAACUAUCGUACAAUAACACAGCCAAUCCAACAGCCAGCAUGCCACAAGAUUAUGCACCUCCUCCGGGACCACCACCCUCUCAUCAACGCCAGGGUCACACUUAUCAGUCUCAAUCUUCUUCAAAUGACUACACUCCACCCCCUGGUCCCCCUCCCUCUCACAAUUACGCACCUCCGGCAGGUCCGCCGCCACAGACGUCAUCACAAGCAUCACCCCUCCCAUCAAAGAACAACCCAUUCUUCAACAACACCAGCAAUAGCGGUGACACAGAGUACGCCCCACCACCCGGUCCUCCACCAAAUGCCAGUUCCCAAGAUCAAAAACAAAAACAACAUGACUGGCAAACCGCGGUCCCGGACACAUCUCUCCUCCCCCCACCACCAAAUUUCUUCUCCGGCUUCGACCGGUCCCCCGCGAACAACGCAACGGAGGAAGAAUGCGAAGCCGGAGAAUCAUGGUGUGCAUCAUACCCCCUCUACACCCCCAUGCCCCUAAACCCCGCCGCCGAGGCCGCGGCACGGGAAGGCAAUAUCGCGAUAUACGCGCCGCCAUUCUUCCGCGGCACCCUCACGCAACUAGGCCCCGGCUUCUGGCAAGGUACCAGUCCACGCGGAGGUAGCGAUGCAAGUCUAGCCACCUAUCCCCCCGUAUACCACGCCGCGGCGCAUAGUCCACUAGUCACGGGUCGAGCCCGUAAGACAGCUUACUACGAAAUCCGCAUCCUAGAACGCGGGAGUAGAAAAGAAGUUUCCCUAGCCCUAGGCUUCGCCGCACCACCGUACCCCGCGUUCCGCCUCCCCGGUUGGCAUCGCGGGAGUUUGGGCGUGCAUGGUGAUGAUGGACAUCGAUACGUUAACGAUCGGUGGGGUGGGAAGACGUUUACCUCCCCCUUCAAACGAGGCGAGACACUAGGCUUGGGUAUGGAUUUCCUGCGUCGGGGAAAUGGAAUCGGAGUUGAGAUUUUUUUAACUAGGAAUGGUGUGGAGGUGGGACGAUGGGAUUUACAUGAGGAGACGGAUCAGCAGCAGGAUUUACCGGUUACGGGACUGGAGGGAUAUCAUGAUGUCUGCGCGUCGGUGGGUGUGUUUGAUGAGGUUGCGUUUGAGGUUGUGUUUGCGCCGGGGCGGUGGUUGUGGAGGGGAUAUCAGGGAUAGAUGGAUGUCUUCCCUUCGGAUUUAGUUGAGGGCUGAGGAGGGAUAGGGUGGUUUUUUGAAGUGGUAGCCUCGGCGUUAUGAGUUGUAACUUCGCUUAUCUUGAUGGGAUCCGGAAUCCGUAUGGUUCCUUUCCAUUAAUGAGUUAUUUUUAUAUGAUUAAAGAUUUAGUGCAAACCGUAGUGAUGGGUUUUUUGGUUUCUUCGACUACAACAUCUUAUCUCGUAUGAGUAUGAACUGCC